AUCUUUUUACCUUUUUUUCCAUUCAUCCCCCAAUCAUGCCUUCGACUGAUUACCACCGCCUGUCCGAAGACCUGGAAAAUAUUUCAAUCACAAACGACGACAAGUAUGAGCCGCCAAAGAAGAAGUCCCGCGUGAAGCGCGUCUGUGGUGUGCUGGCCGCUGGGCUGGGUUUGGGCCUUUACACGGCGGCCGUGCUCUACUACGCGCAGGAGGUCAUUCACAAGCCGUACUGCCCGAGGUUUGCGGCGAGCGAUACAGUGCACUUGUGGGACCAGAUUGGGUACAAGCCGGCAGGCUUCAACCCCGCCACGCCUCACCACUCCGACAGCUUCCUCGGCAAACCCAGCGCCGAGCUGGAUAGAAAUUGGCGCAAGCUCCUUCUUACUUUUUCGUCCCGCCUCCCCGAUUCCGAGGCACAAAAGCUGGGCGACUCCAACGACGCCAUUCCGUUUGACGACGGCAAGGGGGGCUAUGUCGGUGGUAUCGCCGUGGUGCAUAACCUGCACUGCAUUAACUACAUCUACCAGACCAUCCACGAAGAGUAUUACUUCCCCAAUAUAACCGACAAAGGAAAAGCAAAACAGCGAAGUCACCUCACACACUGCCUCCACCACCUGCUCGGAUCGUCCAAAUGCCAGGCUGAUAUGACGCCGGUGCUGCUUCACUGGUCAGCAGACGACUACAUUCCCGUCCUUAAGUGGGACGGCGUGCAGCGGUCCUGCGUGGAUUGGGAUCGGUUGAUGAGCUGGGGAGAAGAGCAUUCGAUGGUUCAUUCCGAGACAAUGUCGUCGGUUUCUCACAUGAAGCAUCCUAUUUUUCGGAAUUUCCUUGACGAAAAAGGCAGAUUCAUUCUGCACAACGUUGAAGGCGUUGUGGAUUUUGAGGAGUUUUCCCAGCGCGAGGAUUACAAGAAGUGGGCGCGGGAGCAGGGUAUCGGCACGGGCAAGGAGGAUGCUGAGAAGUUCUUGAAGGAAUCUGCCAGGAAGCGCAAUGAGCACCGGUACUAACUGGGUUCGUCGAAUUUCUUUUGAUAGUUAGUUGAUGGGGCUUGCGUCGAGUUGUUGCUCCACAACAGCAUAAGCUCAGUCUCAUCUGCUGUUAUGAGCAACUCGUGUGAAAAUAGUCAAAAGCAUGCGACAUAGG